GUUAUCCAUAGGAUGAUUUUCCCACCUUUGUUGUCGGAUGAUGAAUUCGAGAUUGGUUGAGCUUUCUAUUGUUUUUCCUGAAAAACAUCUCAAUUAGUUUAGUUUUCUUCUUUAUAUCUUUAUCUUAGUCCCCUUUCAUGGUGGACCACAUCUCAUUUCUCUAGCGCUGAUUAAUCAACAAUCUUUGGUUUUUCAUCUUCUAGCCUUACUUGGGGUGUUCAUAGGAGGGGCCAGAACAGUAGCUCCAUAAGCAGCGAGGCAAAAGUGUAAUCAGUGUUUCAACUUUAGACAACAAAUUAGAGAUGGCUAUCACCAAGGUGUACAUUGUGUAUUACUCCUUGUAUGGACAUGUAGACACUAUGGCAAGAGAAGUACACAGAGGGGCUGCUACAGUUGAAGGUGUUGAAGCAACACUCUGGCGGGUACCUGAGAUGCUUUCAGAUCAAAUAUUGGAAAAGUUAAAGGCCCCUCCUAAACCAAAUGAUAUACCAGACAUAAGGCCAGAACAACUUGUGGAGGCUGAUGGUUUGAUAUUUGGUUUUCCUUCACGUUUUGGCAUGAUGCCAAGCCAGCUCAAGGCCUUCUUUGAUGCCACCAGUGAGCUAUGGGCAUGCCAAGCACUGGCUGGCAAACCUGCUGGAAUCUUCUGGAGUACUGGUUUUUAUGGUGGAGGCCAAGAACUUUCGGCAUUGACAGCUAUAACUCAAUUAGCUCAUCAUGGUAUGCUUUUUGUUCCUCUUGGAUACACCUUUGGAAGUGGCAUGUUUGAGAUGGGUGAGGUAAAAGGAGGAUCCGCAUAUGGUGCUGGAACUUUUGCAGGAGAUGGAUCUCGUCAACCUACAGAGAUAGAACUGCAGCAGGCCUUUUACCAGGGUAAAUAUCUUGCUGAAAUAACAAAAAAGCUGAGAAUUUAACCUCUUUGUCAAGAUACUUUGAACUGUGAAGUUCUACAUUAUCUACAACUUCUGAGUUCUGAUUGCACAGACUCAAGGAUUACUUUUACCAAUGGACAAGAUAGAAAGGCUUCUUUCAGAAAACUCUCCAAUUAUUCCAAUAAAAUAUUUAACUAACCAACUAAGGAAUCAUUUCUUCGUAUUUAUUUUCUAA